AUGUCCAAGUCAUGGAAAGCGACUUUGAAGCUUCCCAAGUCGAGUUUUCCCGCUCGUCCCAAUCCGAAGCUCCAACAACGAUAUCUUCGAGAAUGCACCGAUGACCUAUACCAGUGGCAAACAGCUCACCGUCCCCAAAACGAUCCAUUUAUUCUGCAUGAUGGCCCUCCAUACGCAAAUGGGCCACUGCACAUUGGCCAUGCCAUCAACAAGAUCCUAAAGGACAUGAUUAUUCGCACGCAGGUGCAAAACGGGAAGCGGGUCACGUACAGACCGAGCUGGGAUUGUCAUGGCCUUCCAAUUGAGAUGAAGGCCCUGGGAUCCAACACCGCCGGCGGGCUCACUCCCGUAAAGGUGCGAGAAGCGGCGAGGAAGCUGGCGAGCAAGACGAUUACCGAACAGAUGAAGGGGUUUCAAUCCUUUGGUGUCAUGGCAGAGUGGGAUAAUAAGUGGACUACGAUGGACCGAGAGUACGAAAUAAGGCAAUUGAGGGUCUUUCAGAAAAUGGUUCGGCAUGGACUGAUUUAUCGGAAACAUAAACCUGUGUACUGGUCCAUCUCAUCGAGAACGGCGUUGGCUGAAGCUGAGCUGGAGUAUCGCGAUGAUCAUAUCUCUCAUGCGGCAUACGUUAGGUUUCCGAUUCUUUCGGGCGUGAGCGCCAUACCGGCCUUGGCUGCCUUCAAUGGGUCUCUGUACGCGGCUAUUUGGACAACCACGCCGUGGACACUGCCUGCGAAUAAGGCUAUUGCGGUUCACAAUGACAUGCUUUACUCGUUGCUGCGAGUGGGUGAUUACGGUCUUUUGGUUGCGUCUAGCCGCGUGGAUGCCAUGCGAGAAUUGCUGCCUGAGUUUGACGUGGUGACGGACUCUAUUAGGGGUUCGGAUUUAGCUGGGUUGCAGUACAGGAACAAGCUGCGUGGGAGUUUGGCAGCCGCACAAACUAUUGUCCAUGCAGAUUUUGUUUCCGCUGAUUCUGGUACAGGGCUGGUGCACAUGGCGCCGGGACACGGCCAAGAUGAUUACGAGGUGUGUUCUAAGCUUGGGAUCGAGGCGUUUGCGCCAAUCACGGAUGACGGUUUCUUCACCAUAGAGGCGUACCCUGAUCAACCUGAGUUGCUCACCAGUGCACCCUCAAUCCUGGAAGGCGGCAGCGAGGCCGUCUUGGAGUUGAUCAAGGAAGACGUUCUCGUUACGCACGACCUUCAACAUAAAUACCCAUACGACUGGAGAACGAAACAGCCUGUUAUCAUUAGGGCGACGGCUCAGUGGUUCGCAGAUGUCGGACGAAUCAAGCAAGGCUCGUUAAAAGCACUCAGCAACGUGCGAUUUGUCCCGGAAUCCGGUCGAUCUCGCCUGGAAAGCUUCGUCAAGGGCAGAAGCGAAUGGUGUAUUUCUCGCCAACGAUCGUGGGGUGUCCCGAUUCCUACUCUGUACGAUGAAGCUGGGAAUGCUGUUAUGAACGACGAGACCAUCGAGCACAUCAUCUCCGUGAUGCAGCAGCGCACGACGCAAGGGUGGUUCUCUGAUGCGCCAGAUGAUCCCGCUUGGGUGCCGUCGAACCUCGAUGGUAAAUAUCGGAGAGGAACUGACACCAUGGAUGUCUGGUUCGAUAGCGGCACCAGCUGGAUGGAAAUUGGCCAGCCUGUCGAUGUCUACCUUGAAGGCUCAGACCAGCAUCGCGGUUGGUUUCAAUCAAGUCUACUAACGUACGUUGCGGCGCAAAAGUCAGAUGGCGUUCCGGACGCAGAUAUUCAACCACCAUUUAAGACGCUCAUCACUCAUGGGUUUACUUUGGAUGCGCAGGGAAAGAAGAUGUCCAAGUCCCUUGGAAAUACUAUUGUUCCUGACGAGGUUAUGAACGGGCGGCUGCUUCCCCCGUUGAAGGGCAAAGGUAAAGGUGGUAGCAAAGAAGCACCUCGGUUCGACGCCCUAGGACCGGAUGCCCUGCGAUUGUGGGCUGCUAGCUGUGACUUUACUUCGGAUAUCUUGAUUGGGACAUCUAUUCUACAGACGACUCAUAAUGCGCUCAUCAAGUAUCGCACUAUUCUGAAGAUGAUUCUUGGGUCGCUUCACGAAUCGAGUCGCACUUCUCCGCUUACCAAACUCGAUCAGAUCGCCAUUAUGCAGCUAUCUGACACGAUGGAGCAAGUCUGGGAAGCUGUCAAUAACUACGAAUUCCACAAAGCAACGGGCUUGAUAAAUCGCUGGGUGGCCACUGAUUUGUCUGCUUUCUACCUUGAGGGUCUCAAGGACCGCCUUUACUGUGGCGAUGGGGGCGGCGCUCUUGAGCACAUUUUCGUGGGGUUCUUGCGCAUGCUCGCGCCUAUUACGCCGAUUUUGGUAGAAGAAGUAUGGUCUCAUCGCCCGGAGUGGAUGGUUAAGGAUGGGAACAUGGAACAUCCAGCACGACAACUGUACAAGGCUCCGUUGAUCGACGCAGCCCGAUUGGCGGUUGAUCCGAACAAGCUUCGAAGCGACGCGGUAGCUCUGAGCUCGAUUCAUGGCGCUGUCAAAGCUGGCUUGGAGCAGGCGCGCGAGGCAAAGGCGCUAGGCAGUUCGCUUCAGUGCUCCGUUCUCAUCAACACUGAGAAUGAAGAGUUGACAAGCCUGCUGGCCGAGUAUGUGGACGAGCUUGACGCAAUGUUUGUGGUGUCACAUGUAGAUGUGAACAAGCCGGUAGACACUAAUCCAGCAUGGCGGUUCACUAAGGAAUUCGAGUUUGCUGGGCAGAAAGGCACAGUGCAUGUGCUGCCCCCUCGCCAGGAGAAGUGCUCCAGGUGCUGGAGGUAUUUGGCCGAGCAAGAAGAUGGGCUUUGUAAUAGAUGCGACGGUGUUGUUGGUCACGCUGCUGCUGCGGCGUAG